GGAAGUAUAUAUACGCAUAGUUGCUUUACCAUCUCCAUGCCACAACGUGUUCUCGUCUCCGCCAUGAAGCAUAUGGUGCUGUUUCUCGCAUCUCUGCUGGUAGCAGCAGAAUGUACUUACAAUUAUAGACCACCUGGUCCUGGGCAAGGUAUUUCUGGUGGUUUCUUGAAUGUGGUUCCUGGUGUGGGUCCAGCGGUAUCUUCUGGCGUGGGCACUGGCCAUUCUGGUGUCAGUACCAGUGGGGCGUCUGUAUCCUCUGGUGUCAGCACUGGUGGAGCAAUUGUAUCCUCUGGUGUAAGUACUGGUGGAGCAAUUAUAUCCUCUGGUAUAAGUACUGGUGGAACAUCUGUAGCCUCUUCUGGUGUGAGCACUGGAGGAGCAAUUGUAUCCUCUGGUGUAAGUACUGGUGGAGCAAUUGCAUCCUCUGGUAUAAGUACUGGUGGAACAUCUGUAGCCUCUUCUGGUGUGAGCACUGGUGGAGGAAUUGUAUCCUCUGGUGUAAGUACUGGUGGGGCAUCUGUUUCCUCUGGUGUAAGUACAAGUGGCGCUUUAUCAGGACACGGUGCAACCUCGUGUGCUGGUGGACAGGUUGCCCAUAAUGGCAGAUGUGUAACACCUGAAGUCUCGCGCAAUGUUUACGUUUUUUCUGCUGGUCAGCAGACCAGCUUGACAGGACCUCGCCCUAACAUCCCAGCACCAAAGGUCGAACACAACGUCAUCUUCGUACGUGUCCCAGAAAACGCUGGUGGCCAGGAUCCCAUUGUGGUGCCACCGCCCCAGCAGAAGAAUAUCGUUUACGUCCUGCAACAGGGAACCACCAUAGGAGGGCGAAGGGUUAUCAACGUUCCGGCUCCAGCCAAGACCCAGCCGGAAGUCUUCUUUGUUAACUAUGGCGAAGGACAAAACCCAGUUUUGCCUGGUGGCAUAGAUCUUCAGACUGCUCUCAACAGCGCUGUCUCUCAAGGAGUAGGCCAGGUUGUUGGUGGUGGAUCCCCAGCCGGAUCAGGUAGUAGUGCUGUUGGCGGACCAUUUGGUGGCAUAACUGGGGGUGGAUCAAUUGCUGGAGCAGCUGGAGUGGGGUUACAUGGAGCAGCUGGAGUGGUAUCAUCUGGUGGAACAGUUGGUGGGAUAUCACAUGGAGCAGCUGGUGUGGGAUCACAGGCUGGAGCAGUUGGCGUGGGAUCACAGGCUGGAGCAGCUGGAGUGGUGUCACAUGGAUCAGCUGGUGUGGUUUCAUCAGGUGGAGUAGCUGGUGUGGGAUCACAGGCUGGAGCAACUGGAGUGGUAUCACAUGGAGCAGCUGGAUUGGGAUCACAUGGAGCAGCUGGUGGUGGAUCCACUGGAGGUCUCUAUGGCAGUUCUCUUGGUGGCAACAGGAAUUCCGCAGGGUCAGUCAGCAAAGCCAUCCUCACCGGAACCUUCGGAGCCUCAGCGAGCAGGGCCAGUAAUCCUGGAAGCUCUGGAACUUCAGCCAGUGGCGGUGGAGUCGCACCUGGGGUCAUUAGACCUUCUUCCAGUGGCCAGGUCAUUCCAGGGGCGGUGCCACCAACCCGCAAGGGACUUUAUAAUUAACCAGAAACGUUGUUGUCUUUUUGCAUUCUUGUUCGUGUGAAGUUUUUCUUUUACCUCGUUGUUUUAAUUUUGUAUAUUUUUUUUGUUAGAAUCUGUUUUGGUAAAGUUAUAUGAUUGUUAAUUUUGUUAAAUAAAUUACAUUGCAUUGCCUAAA